AUGCUGGUGCGCGCGCUACCUUCUACCAAGCGAGACAUCUUCCGCAUUGUUUCUGUGUUUCUUGCAACUGUAUUUAUAAUUCGAGUCGUCAUUCUUCCUAUAUCCCCAUCGUUCUAUUCUGCCGACCCUUAUUGGGCAGAUGUAGUAAAUUACCUUGAUGUCUAUGAUUUCGAACCAGCAGAUUCCGAGGCAAUCCGAAAAGUAUGUCAAUCGACGGAAUGGAACGAGAAGUUUGUCUUCACAUGCGACAAGUCUGCAGGUGGUGUGGGAAAUCUGCGAAACUCGAUAUUGAAUUGUGUUAGAUACGCUAUUCAUGCUGGAGCAGGUCUGGUAAUUCCACGACUACUCAAGCGAGAUUCAAAAGACAUCGCCGCCAUGUAUACUGCGGAUACAGUCGAGUUUGACCGUAUUUUCGAUUGACCACACUUUGUUGAGUCCUUGAGGAGAUCUUGUCCGCAGCUCAGAGCUUACAACACUUCAGAUGAUAUUCCUUCGAAUUUCCCCAAUGAUUAUCUUCUCCCACUGGAACCGGAAAAGGAUCUGGUGGGAUUCAUACCGCGUAAUGGCUCGUGGCAGACAGAGGCAUGGAGGGGUCUUCUCUAUAAUUUCUAUAAUUGGCUUAAUGACAGAGCGUUACCGGGAAAAGAGGAGGAAGGACCAAUCAAUAGCACUACCGACUAUGUAGUGGUAGCCCUAGGACGAACAUAUGUAAUGUUACCAGAUUCUUUCCCAAUGCACCUUUUCUAAAAUGCUACAAUAGUUGCAGUAUUCAAUUUACACCAGCGGAGAGGAGUUCGCCUUGAACUUCGGCAAGAUCCUCAAGUUUAGAUCCGAUGCUCGAAUUCUCGCGACAGUAGUACUCAAAGCCUCGUACGGAGGUAUGGCAUACAUACUGAUAUACGGAAUAAUGUUCUGAGUAACGCAUUCUACGGCAUUCAUCUGAGGACGGAGAAGGAUUCGCAACAGGGCUGGCCUCUCCAUAAAUUUGCUUAUUCUCGAUACAAAAAACAAGCGGAAUACUACCUCGGACUAGUCCGUUCGUCCAACACAUCUGUUAUUUAUCUCGCUUCCGGGGAUUCCAAAGAAGUUGAAAGAUUCUCCGACGAUGCCGCCGCACACACAUUAACUGUCACGACAAAAUUUGAUCUCUUGACUGGGAAAGAUCUGCUGCUACUUCAAAAUAUGGCAUUUGAUCAGCAAGCUUUAGUUGACUACCUGGUUUUGUUGAAGUCGUCUGCUUUUGCUGGGGUAGCCCAUUCGAGUUUUGCUUGGAACAUUGCAUUGUUUCGACACCAGUUUGCCAAGCAAAGAGAUAAUUUGAAUGGCCCUCAAUUGUGCCCUGAUGAGUUGAGUCAAAUUUUCGGGGUCCCGAAUAUGUACCCAGGAUACGCGCCCUGUUUGUGGCCUUGA